CCGUCUGAGGAGGAAUGUUGGCUUGCAUGAAGCGGCCUUCAAGAAUGCCGUUUCUCCUUCUGGCUCCCGGCUUACUGUGACUUCUUGGUGUGACUGGAAUCUUCCGGUCAAUCGCCUCCAGGAGCACUUCCAGGCGGCUCCUUGUGUGUUUAUCUCUGUAAUGUGUGUUUUUCAGCCAUGACUCAGCCAUCAUCACUCCGAAGCCUUCUGUUUCUGCUCGGCCUCUCCAGGAUUUGUGCGGUAUUCGAACGCGAGAACUGCAAAAACUACGACCUCCAGUUCGAGAGGGUCUUCUCGGUCCCCGGGGAUGCGGCCAUGCUGAACAGCACCUUGGUGUCUCCAGAAGUCUUCAACUUCACCAGCGUCCCUUACAACAUCAGCUGGUACGACCCGGGGGGCCGAGAGAUGAGCAACCAGAGCGGCCACGUCCUGGUGAGCGGGGCGACUCUGUGGUUCCUGGACCUGAAGAUAGAGGACUCGGGGGACUAUGUGAGCAUAGUGAGAACCCUGUCGAGGUGCUUCAGGCAGGCCACCAAGCUGGAGGUGGAUCCGCCAGUAACCAGGGAAUGCGGCCGGCCGAGGAAAGCACUCCAAAAGCUGACCAACAAGGUGACGAAUAUCCUGAGCUGCCCUCUGAAGGACUACAUCAGCAAACUGGACAGUUACAACGUCUCCUCCCACGUCACGUGGUACCGAGGAUGUGAGCGCAUAAUGGACAGGACAGACAGGUACACCUACCUGGACACAGCCAGACUAAAGAUCGACGGAGUGGAACGCAACAACAACCAAAACUACACCUGUACGCUGAGAUUCACCCUCGGCGGCAUGGAGCGAUCCGUGUCAGAGACCAUCGAGGCGCUGGUCUCAGAAAAGUACUCUAUGCCUCCACAAGUCCACGAACCCACCAAUGAGAUCAUCAAGGCCCCGUUUGGCUCCAAUUUCAGCAAGCGGUGCCUGGUGUUUGUGCCGUGUGUCGGGAAGCCCGAUGUUGACGUUUUUUGGAGGAAAGGCGACUUUUCAUAUAUUUUCAAAACCAGCAUUGACCGGAUCUACAUCUGCAAAAAACGGACGUGGAACCAGGAGAGGCCCAUUACCGGGGUGUGGUUGGAGCGGAUGCUGAUGAUCCCCAAGCUGAUGGAGGAGGACUUCAACAUCAACUACACCUGUGUUGUACAAAGUUCCAGGGGCAUUGCCACGAGCUAUUUCACUCUGCUACCAGCAGAUCCCAACAUAAUAGUCCCCAUUGGAUCGGCGCUGGGUGGAGUGAUGGUGCUCUUCAUUGUCAGCAUUGUCACCUACUACGUUUUUAAGCUGGACAUCGUGCUGUGGUUCAGGAGAACCUUUCCAAUCCUCUACACAAACACAGAUUGUGAUGGGAAGUCGUACGAUGCCUACGUGGCGUACCCUCAGCACUGCGCCCUCGGAUUCAGCAAACAGGUGGAGGCCUUUGCCCUCUGCACGCUGCCCCAAGUGCUGGAGAUGGCCUGCGGAUACAAACUCUUCAUCGCGGGCCGGGACUGCAUGCCCGGGGCCGCGGUCGUGGACUCCGUAGAGGAGAACAUACAAGCCAGUCGCCGUCUCCUCCUGAUCUACACCGCCGCCACUUUCACCGACAAGAGACACGCCAGCAGCACGGGCAGCAAUAACAACAACAACAAUGUCUCUCAGAGUGAGGACGUCUACUCAGACACCAGGCAGCAGCUGGAGUGUGUGACGGCGAUGCACAGAGCGCUGCUGGAGAGGUCUCUCAAGGUGAUUCUGGUGGAACUGGAACCGAUCUCCCCGGCUCAGCUGGCUCUCUUCCCCGAGUCGGUGCGUCACCUGAGGAAGAAGCAGGGCGCCGUGCGCUGGUGGAAGAACCCGAACGCGAGGACGAGCGAGGACGAAGAGACGGGUGGCCCCGCCGCGUCCCUGUCCCCCUCCUCACGGUUCUGGAAGGAGAUGAGGUAUCGCAUGCCGGUGAGGGGGAUGAGAGGGACGUACCCUGAAAAAACAGCCCUGCUGAGCUUGUGAUGAGUCUGGACCGGAGACGAGCUGCUUUCAGCUUGGUGUCGUAAACCACAUUUACUGCUGGGUACAAAAACAAGGUUUUGGCUCUACAGGUUGUGUUCACACCGCUGCUAGGAGGCUGGGCUCAAUCUGUUUGAAUGAUAUCUUAAUGUAGCGCGUGGGCUCUUUGAGGGACAAAUCUCAGCUCAGUCUUCUCAGCUGGCCAGCGGUCGGCUCCGCCACCUUAGCGCGUCGCUAGAGUGGGAAGGUUGACGGAGACACUUUGAGCCUCGCAGCAGAGGGACGCCAUUAGAAAGCUUCUCUUCAUGUGAAAGCCCUUCAAGUAGCAUCACAGGACGCUUUGCUGAGACAGCAGGUCACGUGUGAUCAUCGGGGCUAAAUGGACACAGAGGAGACUGACUUUAACUUGUACGUAUGACGGAACGUGUAAAUAUGUGUAACAUAAAGAAAGUACCUCCUGCUGAAUAGUAAGCAAACUGAAAUUGAUUUUAAAUCAAUGCAAUUAAUUCAUCAUGCAGUUAUUGAGCCAUAGCAAAGAAAAUGUGAAAAGUGAAAGACAGGAGAGCAACAUGUGUGACAGAAAUGUAUAUUCUAAUCAUGGAAAAAAGACACAUGUCAACACAAAGUGUGAAAACGUUUCCAAUGAGUGUAAUCGACCGGUUGUCUACUCUGUCAAUAAAUGGAACAUCCCAUAAA